AUGCAAGAAUCAAGGCCAGAACUUUACGAAGAGAUAAAAUUGUAUAGGAACGCUAGAGAACGUGAAAAGCAUGAUAAUAUGGCAGAGCUAUAUGCAGUUGUAAGCACACUGCAACACCUGGAGAAGGCAUAUAUGAGGGACUGUGUCCGAGCCCAAGAAUAUACUGCAGCAUGCAGUAGACUGCUUGUGCAAUACAGAGUAGCCUUCAAACAAGUACAGGGAGAUGAUUUCCCCACCAUUGAAAGUUUUGUUAGUAAAUUCAGGUUGGACUGCCCUGCCGCACUUGAGAGGAUCAGAGAGAACAAACCCAAUUUAAUAAAGGACGACAAAGGAAACACAAACAAAUAUAUUGCAGAGAUUGUGUCUCUGUUUAUCACACUGAUGGACAAACUAAGGCUUGAUCUCCGAGCCAUGGAUAUGAUUCAACCAGAGCUGAGAGAGUUGCGAGAAGCUAUGGACUGUUUAGCUAUGCUACCUGAGGAUUUCAUUGGAAAAAUUAAGGUUCAAGAGUGGCUGGAAAAACUAUCUGAGAUGUCAGCCUCAGAUGAACUUUCGGAAGCCCAGGCCAGACAACUAGUCUUUGAUUUGGAGACUUCGCUUGGAGCAUUUAAUAAAACAUUACAUUAG